UUCCCUCCCUGUUUCUCCCCCUCCCUUCUUCUCCCACUAUCCCUCUCCCUCUCUCUUCUCUGGGUUUUCUGCUUCCAAACAAACACCUUCUUCCAGGCUGAAGCUGGUCCAGUCUCCCUAGGCGCAGCAGCCACAACAAUCCCGCAGUUCAAAGUUAGGCAGCAAUUGCACAACUUCCAGCAACUCUCUCAGCCGGCUGCUAAUGAGCUGAAAGCCAGGAACAUCUGAGGAAGUGAAAAGGAAGCCUCCAGCCUCCCUCCUUUCACCGGAGAGACCCAGACACCCCUCCCAGGGCCCCAGAUCACUUUGCGAUAAGGACUGUGUUAUUUGCUUGCCUUGCCCGGACAGACCAUGGCUCCCUUUGGAAGAAACUUGCUGAAGACUCGACAUAAAAACAGAUCUCCAACUAAAGACAUGGAUUCUGAGGAGAAGGAAAUUGUGGUUUGGGUUUGCCAGGAUGAGAAGAUUGUCUGUGGCUUAACUAAACGCACCACCUCCACUGAUGUCAUUCAGGCUCUGUUGGAGGAGCACGAGGCUACAUUUGGAGAGAAGCGAUUUCUAUUGGGCAAGGCCAGCGACUACUGCAUCGUGGAGAAGUGGAGGGGUUCAGAGCGGGCCCUUCCUCCUCUGACGAGAAUCCUGAAGCUGUGGAAGGCCUGGGGGGAGGAGCAGCCCAAUAUGCAGUUUGUUUUGGUUAAAACAGAUGCCUUUCUCCCAGCCCCGCUGUGGCGGACAGCUGAAACCAAACUAGCGCCAAACAGUGAGAAGCCUUGGGAUCUCAGCCCAGCGAAUUACAUGAAAACUUUACCACCGGAUAAACAGAAACGAAUUGUCAGGAAAACCUUCCGGAAACUGGCUAAAAUUAAGCAGGACACGAUCUCUCAUGAUCGAGACAAUAUGGAGAGUUUGGUUCACCUGAUUAUCUCUCAGGACCACACUAUUCACCAGCAAGUACAAAGGAUGAAAGAGUUGGAUAUGGAAAUCGAACAGUGUGAAGCUAAGAUCCACUUGGACCGGGUAGGGAAUGAUGGGGAGAAUUACGUGCAGGAGGCAUAUUUAAUGCCCAGGUUCAAUGAGAAUGAGGCAAAACUGGACUUUAACUCUGAGGACAACCAGACUCUAGAAGACCUGAACGACAGCGAGGGCAUGGCACAGCUGGAAGAACAGCUGCAGUACUACAGAGUCCUCAUCGACAAGCUGUCUGCGGAGAUUGAGAGGGAGGUGAACAGCGCGGGCGUGGCCGGAAGUGAAGACGCGGAGGGGGCAGCUGCGUGGCAGCUGGAAAACACCAAUUUAGAGAGCGUGAUGUGCGAUUUGGAGAAAAGUAUGAAAGCUGGUUUGAAAAUCCACUCUCACUUGAGUGGCGUCCAGAGAGAGAUUAAAUACAGUGACUCACUGCUUCAGAUGAAAGCAAGAGAAUACCAACUGCUAGCCAAGGAGUUCAAUUCACUCCACAUUAGCAACCAAGACGGAUGCCAGUUAAAAGAAAACAGAGGACAGGACGCUGAAGCUCCCAGCAGCAGCAAUGAGGAGAUCCCUCCAUUAACGCAAAGGGUUAACACAUAUACAAAUGACACAGAUUCAGACACUGGCAUUAGUUCCAACCACAGUCAGGACUCUGAAACGGCUCUGGGUGAUGUACUGCUGCUGUCAACUUAACACAGAUGGCUUCUUUCUAAGCAUCGAUG